AUGACACCAGAUAUUUUGGUUAAGUUCAAAGGUGCAAGCAAAGACAUUAAAUUGUUAUGGGCAUCUGUGUUUCUUAGACUGUUGUCCUAUGGUUUAACAAACCAAGUUUUAACGUUAUUUCUCAAUGCAAUUAAUAUGGCAGAAGAUAAAAUCGGUUUGUUCAUGUCGUUGACAUUGGCUGGAGACGUGAUUUGUUCCUAUAUUUUAACUUGGUAUGCAGAUUCUUGGGGUCGGAGAAAAGUGCUAAUAUAUGGUUGCGCAAUGAUGCUAAUGAGUGGGUUGGUUUUCAGUUUCAGUGAAAAUUUCACUCUUUUGCUAAUAUUUGCUAUUAUUGGUGUGAUAUCACCUUCAAGUGAUGAAGUUGGACCUUUCAAAUCCAUAGAAGAGGCCAUGAUUGCACAUUUGAGUCCUCAUAAUACAAGACCCGAAAUAUAUGCUAUUCAUGCCUUGGUUGGAACAAUGGGGAGUGCAUUAGGUGCAAUAGUCUGUGGUGUAUUCGUGGAUCUCUUGAAAAGAACCGGUGUAGCCCAUACUGAUUUACAAUGCUAUAAAUUAGUUUUCUUAUUGUAUGCCUUUUUCGCAUUUUGCAAGAUGGUCAUCAUGCUCUUAUUAUCUGAUGCCACAGAAAUGGAUGGGAAUUAUGAACAUAUUGAUCACCACAAUGAAGAGACGCCAGAGCCUCUAGAUGUCAACGAUGCGACCGCACCAUUAAUGAGACAAGCGACCCAUCCAGAGGAAAGAUCMAAUAGUUUAUCCAAAGAAACAGUUUCAGUCUUGCUGAAGUUGUUAGUCAUCUUUAUGGUUGAUUCACUUGGAUCUGGGUUUAUGACAAGUGGCUGGAUGGUUUAUUACUAUAAUAAGCAAUUUCUAAUGGGAUCGCUGGCAUUGGGUACCUUGUUUUUCGUCACCCAAUUGGUUAUGGCUUCUUCUACCAUUCCAUCAUCUAUCAUUGCCAGGUAUUUCGGCCCAGUAAGAGCCACAUUACUGGUCCAGAUUCCGUCAGGGAUAUUCUCGAUUCUUAUCCCUAUGGCCAAAGACUAUUUACCCUUGUCUAUUCUUUUUUUGAAUCUUCAUUUUGCAACAACUGCGAUGGAUGUGACGCCAAGACAAAUUCUAUUGACAAAUAUCAUUAAGCCAAGAGACUUAACCAAAGUUAUGGGGGUGGUAAACAUUGGUAAAACAUUUGCACGUUGCAUUGGCCCAAUCUUCACAGGACUACUUGCCAAGAAUAACUACUUAUGGCUAUGUUAUAUCAUUAGUGGGUCCUUGGUAAUAUUAGCAGAUUUGAUCCUAGCAUGCAUGUUUUUGGGAGUGGAUGCUAAGAUCAAAAAACAAAUGAACCACCGUUAA